UUUAAAGCGUAAGUUAAGCGAAAUUCCUUGACGCGAAUUUUCCGUGUUAAGGCCAAACGUACAUCAGCAGAAAUUCAUUCACCGGGUACUUUCGGGAGCCUUUGGCACGUUGUCUGAAGGAUUGUCAGCAAACCUUCAGCUCGCACUCAUCUCACUGCCCCUCUAUCGCCCUUAUGUUUAUUGCACUUUAAUUGUCAUCAUUUCCACUCUUCCCUCCACAGCCCUUGAUCAGCAUGGGUUUUUCAUUCAUCCCUAAAUUGAGCCGCAACACGAUCUCCAGGUCCCCUCCUUCCUAACGUCACUGGCAUACGGGCCGAUGAGGUUCUGCGCUGCCGGGUCAAACUGCAAACAGUGGCGGGGAGCCCGGUGCGGGACAGACCGCUCGUACUGCAGCAGGACGCUAUCCGGAACCAGCCUGGAGAACUGGAUUCAAGUUGGAUACAGCACGCGUAAUGAAAUACGAGAUCUGGAGCAUGCGGACUUAAAAUGUCUCACGCGGAGCUGGAGCCAGUCCGCGAGGUACUUGCAGUGAACUUGUAUUGGCGCGGACAUUGAAGUCUGCGUGUGCAACGCGCUUAGAGGCAGAUCCGCGAGGAGCCACUGCAUCUCCGGCGGACACGCGCGUACCUCCCUGCUGUACCGGUGCCACAGAGAGGAGCUGGUUUGAAAGGAAGCACGUUGCCUGUGGGGGCAAACUUUUCUGGGGCUUCAGUGUCGGGCUCAUGGGGGAGUGAUGGGAGAGAAGCAUACUCUGGGCGUGCAGAAGUAAAGGGACAUGAUGAGAGAGUUAAGACGCUCCCUUUGAUCGCUAACACCUAACAAAACAAGUUUGUACGACUUUUAAAAGACUUACUGAAGGACCUGUGGCGUUUUAGUGUUUCAUAAUCUCCUCUAAGAACAAGAAACUAAACAUCCCCCUUUGGCGCAUCACGAAACACGGGGAGAUUCUGCAAACGUGCUCAGAAAAUUCGUAUCAAUAAAGUAAAGAUUUCCGGGGCCAAAAUCGCUGGCUGUGGACUUGUAUCAAACGGCUUUGCACGAUUUAAAACACAAUCCAAAUCUCUUGUCAUUUACUUUCCCCCCCCCAAGAGAAAUACGCUAAGUGAGAGGAAAGAUGUUGGUCCGAUUGGCGGUGUCAGUGGCAAUUUUCUUCGGCUUAGUCGAAGGCUUUCCCACCAAGAAAGCGCAGAAGACCCCGGUGCUCAGAGCCGCUGCCAUCGUGGAGGCACAAGCCCAGACACCCUCCAUCGACAUCCUCCAGGACCUGGAGGCCAUGCAAGAGCACAACCAGGUAAGGACCAUCCCGUUCAACCACAAGAAGAGGUGGUCUCCGCACCUGCCCAAGCCUGAACCCGAAGAAGAGUCGGAGCCCUUCAUCCUGGAUCUGAAGAAUUUUCCAGAUCUCGCGAAUGUGGACCUCAGUUCCCAGAAUCCCAACAUUCAGGUCACCAUCGAGGUCAUCGACAACCCCCAGGCGGACAUGGAGAUGGAUCUCGACGAGGAGAGUCACAGAGACUGGGGCGCCUCCUCCGUGGACCUGCCCGGGAACAAGAAACUCUUCUGGCCCCUAUUCUGGGGCUACCCCGACUCGGAGGAGGAGGACUCGAGCCGGCCGAGCCUGGGGGAGACCGCAGAGGAGGACAGCAGCGAGGAGCUGGUGCUGAGCGGCGUCGGGGAUGACUGGGAUGGCCGCUGGAGGAAGGGAUGGGACACCAAGGAGACCUACGAAGACGAGGAAGAGGAUGAGUGGACCGCUUGGUCGCCAUGCAGUGUCAGCUGUGGCCAAGGCAACCAGAAGCGCACCCGCGCAUGCGGUUACGCCUGCAUGGCAACGGAAUCCAGGACAUGUGACCUCGAGCGCUGCCCAGGCGAUGUGAACGCUGUGACGGAGCUCAUCCCCUAUGAGACUGAGAAUAGCACUGACUUUGUCAGCGCAGAGGUGGACAGCUGCGAGAAAUGGCUGAACUGCAAGAGCGACUUCCUGCAGAAGUACCUGCAGCAGGUGCUGACGGAGCUGCCCAGCUGUCCCUGCUCCUACCCCUCUGAGGCGCUCUACAGCGCCGUCAGCAUCUUCGACGAGCGGCUGCGGCGGGCACACCGCUGGCGUGAUGCCAGCGGACCCCGGGAGCGCCUGGAGGUGUACAGGCCCACGGCACACGCCUGCCUGCGCUCCAUGCUGUCUGCCGACAGUGGCACGCUGGCCGCACAGCUCUGUUGCUAUGAUGCACACAUGCGGCUGCUGACGCGGGGCAAGGGUGCGGGGGCGCCCGACCUGGUGAGCUCCGACUUCUCUCCCGAGCUGCACUUCAAGGUGGACGUGCUGCCCUGGGUGCUGUGCAAAGGCGACUGGAGCCGUUUCCACGCCGCCCGGCCACCCAACAACGGACUGGGCUGUACGGAGAACCCACGCGAGGACGUCUUCGCUAACGAGCUGGAGGAGGCGCGCGAGUACUGAGAAACGCACAAGUGCCGCCCUGAGUUCCCAUGAGCCUUGGCGUGGUGCCGCCCAUUUUGCUGAGGAAUGCUCUGUGUUACUCAUUAACGGCCCGGUGUAGGUGUUCAAAGUGCUGCUGCUGUGUUUGAUGCCCCAUAGUGACCCUCCCUUAAUGCUGCCCCCCCCCCCCCCGAGGCCCAUUGACAGUACGAGAGAAGAGCCUGUUAUUUCGUUUAAAGUUUCACCAUGACUCAUUUAUUUGGAGAGUUUGCGGUGAAUUAAACGCUAUUUCAGGACCGACGAUAUGAGGAUGGAUGAUGCCGUGGGUGGCUCCGCCCCUUCUGCGCAGUGUCCCGAUCACGGGCACGCUUUCCGGAAGGCAUAGAGCGUUACUGCUUUUCAGGGCCUUUAAAAUGUUUAUUUGGUUCUGAACUUGCCUGCAUUUUAAAUGGGAUUAAGCUGCUAAGGACCUUUUUUUUUUGGUACAGAAUGUGCUCCCGUCCCUCACCUCAGUUUAUACCCCUCAGAACAAACGCCGAAAGAAAUGCAGUUACAUCUGCAUUUAUGCUCGCAUGCCAAGCGAAAAGUGAUUAACGCAAUUAGGUCAGGUGGGUUUAAAUAUCAAUACACUCUUAGGAAAUGUGUGGUGGUUACACGGUUUUUCUCAAUUUUAGUGUGUAAAAUUCUUUUUUCUUUUGUGUGCCAAUACUAAACCAGAGCCGUAUUUAUGUAGAUUUAGGUUUUAUUCAUUCAUGAAUGAGGAGACACAGCAGAAAUUGCUCUGCAGAAACCACAUCUGCUUCAGUCCCGGUGCUGGGUGAAGAGACACGUUUUUGCAGGUUGUUAUUUUAAGAUGGAAAUGCGCUCCCUUGCAGAUAGUGGCUAUCUUAGCCAGCGUUUAUGUGGAAUGUUCUCCCUUCUGUAUUUUUAAACAGCCUCGCAGCUUCAUCUGAAGAGGACUACCCAUUUAAACAGUUUAACUUUCCAUUCGAUUUAAUAACGUGGAAAAUGACUUUCUUAAGGAAGUCCUAAGUCAGCAGAACUGAUUAUCUGGUGCGUGCCCACGUUGUGUGUCUGUGAAAUGCACUGUGUGGCUGUCAAUGGUCGGCGAAUGAAAAAGAGGCUGCUGCAGCCAAAAUAUGGUACGAAUUUCCACAUGUACGCAGACCGGCACGAGUUCUGGCCAGAGCAUGGGAGCGUGCGGUCUUUAUCCAGGGGCCCGGCCGAGGCCCCAGAACAGCCCUGGGAUGGGAUCCAAAUGCGAGCAGGAGAGGUGCAGACCGCCUGUCCCCGGGAGAGAGGACAUGUCUUUUCCCCACUUCUGUUUUCUUUGGCCAGUCUUGAAAAGCAGUUGUCCCCCCCCAGCUCUGGGGCCCCCCCCCCCCUUGAUACCUCACUCAAGAGCCACCAGCGUCUCUGCCCUUGUGAGCCGCCUUAGGCCCAGUUUUUAUUACAGAAAAAAUACUGAUAUAUGUACCUGCUUGACAGCAGAGUCCUCGCCAAACACUUUUUCUUUGCUGAAUUGUAUCCUUGAGUGUUUCAUUGAUGUGUCCAGAGCUCACAUGGACCAGUGAAAGCACCAUGUUUAGUGGAGCCCAGAAGUCCGAUUCAAACAUUUUUUUAUACUCAUUUGGGAACAUUAUUGGAGGAAAACACUUCCUAAGAAACGGGAGAAGUAUUCUGAGGUUUCUUGGUUAGGAAGGUGUUGGGGAUCAGUGGGAAUCCGAGACGGCUGGUGUUUAAACAUUCCUGGUGCUGUUUUGGCAAACACUUCUUAACCGUCUGUAAAUGCAAUUUGCAGGCUUUUUCAUCUUUACGGGGAUGUUCUGUCGCUCUCCUGUCCGGGCAGAGCUGUGUCUAAACGGUGCAUUUAGUUUGGAUUAUUAUGAACCGAAAGAUCAUGCCACAGAGCUCUCAUCAGGAAUAACAUUUGAAAUGUAUGUGAUAACGUAUCACAUUUUAAAAUCACUUUUUAUUUUUUUUCUAAGAAAGGCACUUUAACACAUAAAGAUAUAUGUAAAUAUAAACUACCAUCAUAUUGUAAUGUGUUGUAAAGAUAUGCUAUGUUUUCCUGGUGUUAUGUGUGUCAGUAUUGCUCCGCAUGAUCAUAUUGUGCUUUUUUAAAACGUAUAUUAGAUAUUAUCUUGUACAGUAUUUAUUGUUCUGUUUGAUUUCUGAAGCUUUGAAAUAUUGAAAUUAUUCUAUGAUACUGAAUGUGCACUAUUAAAAGUGAAUAUCACGUUUCAAAAGGGAUUUCAGCUGCAUCAAGGAAAUUGAUUUUCAUUAGACUACAUCACUUCCAUGAAAAAAAACCUGUAUUCCCUUUUGAUUCUGCUUCUUUUUUUUCUGCCAGCCUGCCAGGUAAAAUGUUAUGUUUUGGAAUGAAUAUAAGGCUUUUGCCAUAA